GGGGGGGAGCUAGCAUUACAUGAGAGUGAAUCGGAGUGAUGACAUUGUUCCUAAGUACCAGCUGAGUGCACCUAUACAUCCACCUCUGUGGAGGAAGGGCUAUUCACCUGUCUGAGCCACCACAGAUGGAACAUUUAGACAAAGGGACAAACAGGCAGAGAGAAAACCCUAUCCAGUGUAGAGUCUGCUGUGCUGUUGACACUUUGAUAUGUAUUAAGCGUGUCAGGUUUCCUGAUUGUUUUCAGAGGAAAUUAGGGAUUGAUUCUGGAUCGUCCAGGAUUCUGGGUUUCAGUGUCAGCCAGGGCAUGGGUGGAGCUGGAUCCAUGGAGAAAUAAUACUGUGAUAUCUGAAGAAAGACCACCAUGGAUGGAUAUGGAUUAAGGAGUCAGGUGCACUUCUGAAGCUCAUCUCACGAUUGUAUUUCAAAUAUUGCUAUCAUUGAGGGAUUCCUGAAGCAUUCACCUCUUCUACAAUGAGUCCAAUGGAGAAAAAAUACCCAGUAAUUGCAGGAAGAGAAAAAGGGCCAGGACCUGGACGUUAUGGGCUUCCUCCCACCAUUGGAUUUGUUGGCCAUGAUUUUACCAAGCCAACUAGCCCUGCCUAUUCUUUCCAUGGCAGGAUGAGUGACAAUAUGUAUUGUAUUGACUCAAGUCCGGGGCCUCAGUAUCAUAUUGAUGCAAAAAUCACUCGUUUUGGACGGGAUGGCACACCUGCAUACUCAAUGUUGGGCCGAAUGAAAGCAGAGAAAGAGCUAUUCCAGACACCUGGACCAGGUGCAUACAGCCCAGAGAAAGCCCCACCAUGCAACCUCCAGCGCAGACCCCCGUCCUACACAAUGAGCUCUCGAACACACUACAGGGGAAUCGACUCAGUACCUGCUCCUAACAAGUACUGUCUCCCUCCGCUCAUGGGCCCUCAAGUCCCAAACAAGCCAGCCAGUGCAAGCUAUACAAUGUCAGGUAGUUACAGCACAGGGGGACCAUCUGUGGAUUUAGCCAAGACGCCAGGGCCUUGCAGGUACAACAGUACAGACCCAAGUGUUUAUCUACCCCGACAGCCAGCAUUUUCCAUGCUGGGACGACACAAUUUAACCAGAGAUGGCACCAAGAAACCCGGUCCUGGGACUUAUAAUCCAGAGAAAGUGACUGUUCACAAGGCUCGGGCACCAGCCUACUCUUUGGGCAUCAGACACUCAGAAUUUGUUACUCCACUAGUUGUCAAUGUUUCUGACUGAAUGUCACCCACUCCCACAA